AUGCUUGCGACGCCGCCCAUCCACGCCCCGCUCGAGCAGCCCGUCUACCCUCCUCCUCGCGCGUCCAUCUCAAACAGCCCUGCCCUUCUCCACGGCGCCUCGCUAGGCCAACCGGCGUCUCGUACACCUCAAACCGAGCUUCAUCGCCAUGCCAAGGCUGCGCGGGAGGCGCUCGAUCGUGUGAAACGGCUUGCAGACCAGGUGGACGGGCCCACCUCAGGUGGGGAAGGGAGUGAGGGGGGACAAGGCUGCAUCAUCGCGAACCUCGAAGCGCACGGAUGGGAGUUCCAGACCACGACGAGCGAGGUCCGCAUCUUUCACGGCCGAGCGCAGGACGUGCUGGGCACGAACGGCGCGCCAGUAUCCACAGCCGCGCCUCAAGAGCAGCUCAGGCAGAGCGGCACGUUCGGGACGCCCGGAGACAGUCGCUUGAACCUCUCUCGAAGGUCCUCGCGCUUCGACGGCUCGACUGGCCAGCGCCUGUCAACGGGACCUGCGAGUCGAGGGCUGAGGGCAGACGAAGCGCUCCCGUUCUUCCGAGGCGAAGGCUGGAUUGAGGGGAGUUGGCGGCGAGAGGACGUUAUCGCUACCAUCGCCUCUCUCGGUGCACGAGCGGUGUGGGACCCUCGGCUCGACAGCGCGAAGAGUCAGGUGAUCCAGCACCUGAGCGAGACCGACUCUCUCGCCCACCUGACCAUCAAGAGCAACCUUGUAUCGAGCCGCGACGCCUGCAUCGUCACGACUUGGGCCGAGGAUGAUCGACCGGGGAAACGCAGUAAUACCUCCUACAUCGCCAGCACCUCAGUCGAAGAUCCGCUCAUCCCACGGACCGGCACUCGUACGACCAUUCACAUCAACGCUUUCGCUCUCCGUUCGCUCCCUCAAGCACCCGACUUCGAACCCUGUCCUCCUCCUCCUUCCGAGAUUCCCUCGCCGCCGCCACGACCAGCACACCGGCGCACGCGAUCAAUAGCGCCUCUCAGCAGUAGCGCUCUCCUCGGUACAAUCCCGCUCCCGCCUCUCCCGUCCUUUGCCAGCGACGAUGCCUCCUCCCCUCCUCAGCGACCACAGCUGCUCGGAUCCGCAACCCACAUUGGCGCUCUCACAGCUGCACAGCUUCACCCAGUGCCUCCACCUCUCGUACACGCCAUCUCAAACUACACCUCUGCGACUGGCUCGACAGAAGGUCCUGCUUUCUACCCGCCCUUCAUCCAAGACAGCGAGCGCACCCGCGGACCUGCACCAAAGCGCGGUUCCGUCAUGCGGCCGCACUUCCAAGGCCCAGGACUCGCCGUCUCAAUGGUCGUCCAUGCCUCUCCCGGAUACAACCUGCCGCAGACGACUGUCAAUCAGCUCUCCCUGCACCUCCCGCUUUCGAUCGCCUCCAUCGGCCGCUUCCUCGCGACGCACGGCUUCGCACCGCAUAUCGUUCGCUCGUGCGGCCGGAUACACGUCCGUGAGGAGGACUUUGACGCGCAGGCGGGCAGGUACCGCGUCAUCUUCACCGUCGCGGAUGACUCGCGAGACGAUGGGCACGAGGCGAGAGUGCGCUUCUUCGGCGGGACGUUCGGCAAGGGCAGGUUCAGCCUCGAGGUGGAGAACGUUGACCCGGAUGCCUGGCGGCUCGACUUUGACGCCCCGCCGCCUGAGUCUGGACGGGAUCGUCUGGACCAGCAGAGGACGUCGGAAGAGAUCGGAGCGAAUGGUUCUGGUUUGUGGCGGAGCGUGCUCCGAGUUGCGACAAAGGCGGCUGGCGAAGACGGAGAAGCGAAGCAAGGGCGAAGGGGUUCGGCGACAUCCUUGCUCUCGCCGAUUGAACGGGACGACUCUGAGAUGCAAGACCCCGCACUCGCGCCUGGGGCGCUCGGUGGCUGCACUCUCGUUAUCCCGUCUUCCGCCACACGACCGCACCUCCCUGUCAUCGUCAGCAUCACUCGCACGACUUCCGAAGCGACCGGUCUGCCGCUCGUCAAGAUGCGCGGCAUGUCGACCGCCUUGGCGCAGGCCGCCCAAGUUGCCCUCGACGACCACUACUCGCUUUGCACGAGCGUGGAGGAGCUGCUCGAAUACGGUCAGGAAGGUAGUGAGGAGCGCGCCGAGGUCUGCCUUCGCGGCGCUCGCUCGGUCUUACGGGAGCUCGAGGUGGCUCGCGAGCGAGAAGCGGCGAAGGCGGCGGCAGCGGCAGCGGCAGCGGCGUUCGCAGCCGGCAGACGGCGACGCUCUUCUUCCGCCGGCUCGACCCGCCCGUCCCUCUCGAUUUUCACCAACAGUCUCUUCCAGUCUCGCGUACGACCUGUCGCCAGCCCCAUCUCUCCAGCGACCAAGGUUCCGCCUCCAGCCGUUCCCUGA